AUGGCGCCCACGCCGUCGACCGCCGCUCCGCGCGCGGUACUGGAGCCCAGCUGGCCAGCCGCAGACCGCUACAGCGUGUACGACAGCUACGACCCCGAAGUGCCGGCCAUGAUGGAUGCGCAUGGCGAGGAGCUCAUGCCACGUCCGAGUCUCUUGUCCUUCCGCCCUUCGCGCAUGUUGCGAGUCUCGCAGCAGCAGCAGCAGAACGCCGUGUACAAGGCGCAACUCCUGCGAGCCAUGGGACGCUCCAGCGAGCGCACUUCCGACACUAGCGACGACGAUUGGUAUGAGCCCAGCGACGCUGGAAGCUCCGACGCCGGGAGUUCUUACUAUCCGUCUCCAGCUGCGCGUAAUCGCGACCAACGCGCCAUCUCGACGGUAGACGAGGAAGAGGAGAAGGAGAACUACGUCAACAAUAGCAACAGACUCAACCGGGCCGAGUCGUUGCUUGCCGUUAUGGCUAUGCCGGCUUCCGGACCCAUUCCCCUUCUGGAAAGGAUGGAGAGCGAAGACGACGACAACGACAUUGAUACCAUCAUCUGUGACCCGUCGAGACUCCCUCGGACGCUUAUUGUGGACGAGGAUGGCUUCUCGAUCUCUAGAGAGAGCGUCAUGAUGCGCGCAGCCACUGUGCCGCGGGGAGGGGUCAUCAAGUCCGGAUUACUGUUUAAGCAAGGUUUCGGACUACGUUCCGGAGGUUGGAAGGUCCGCUUUGUAGUCCUUACUAGUACGAAAAUGACUUUUUUCCGCGAGGAACACGGUCGUAAACGCGGAGAGAUCGACUUGGCUAAGUGCAGCCCCAAGAGCAUCGAGAUCAUGCCCCGUGACUCCGUGUUUGACGGCUCCCAGGCCACGAUGUGGAGGUUUGCUAUCCGCGGCAAGAAGGGCCGCGUAUUGCUUAGUGCCUACACGGAAGGAGAGAUGAAGGAAUGGCUUAGAUGUCUCCAUGUGGCGCUGGCUGCCCAGGGCUCCGGCUUCGGCCGCUUCACGGACUUUGUGGUGCCCAGCGGCACAUUCCUGGCCGAAAGGAGUGGCGGCUUGAUGCGUUCGUCGGGUGUUUCGUAA